AUGCGUGGUGCAACCAUUCUCAAGGCUGCAGAUGACAAAACGAGAGCUCUGAACAAGCACACUUUGAUGGCGUUUUCGGGAGAAGCCGGUGAUACAGUGCAAUUUGCCGAGUACAUUCAAAGAAACGCUCAACUCUACUCGAUGCGAAACGAGACCGAUCUUUCACCCUCUGGCCUGGCACACUUUGUUCGUGGAGAGCUAGCAACAAGCUUGCGAUCCCGUCACCCAUACAAUGUAAAUCUGUUGAUGGGAGGUGUUGACCCCAUCACGGGCAAGCCGCACUUGUACUGGUUGGAUUAUUUGGCGUCAUUGGCAGAGGUACCGUAUGCUGCCCACGGCUAUGCGCAAUACUACUGUUUGUCCAUCCUGGAUAAGCACCACCACCCCGACAUCACGUUUGUACAGGGCAAAAAGCUUCUAGAGAUGUGCACGGAUGAGCUUAAGCGACGAUUACCGAUUGAUUUCAAGGGCAUGGUGGUCAAGGUGAUCAAGGCUGAUGGGAUUCAAGAGAUCCAGAUGGAUGACGACAAGGUUGUAAAGAGUGCUUAG